AUGGUCAUGGAAUCAAGACUGGAAAACUGGAAAUUGGCUCUACAUUUUGGAACAUGGAAUAUACGAACUUUAUAUCAGCCAGGAGCCUUAACAUUAGUUAAAGAAUUUAAUAAGUAUAGGUUAGAGACUUUAGCUAUACAAGAAAUAAGAUGGAGCGGACAAGGUUCUACAGAAAUAGGGAACGCGAUAUUUUUCGGUCAAUGCGACAAUUGCAGACAAGGAAGCACCGGCUUUAUCGUUAAAAAAAAUGUAGUGCCCGUAAUUAAAGAUUUCAAAAUAGUGAAUUCCAGACUAUUCUCAAAAUGGAGGGAAAAUUCUUCAAAAUUGCAUUUGUCAAUGCACAUGCAUCGUCUGAAGAUAAAAGUGAUGAUAAAAAAGGAGGAAUUAUAUUCACUGUUGGAAUUCCUAGAUAUUGCAUUAGUCUUACUAGGUGAUUUUAAUACAAAAAUUAAUAAAGAAGAGUGCUUCAAAACAGCUACCAGAUCGAAUAGUUUACAUCAGCUAUCAAAUAACAAUGGAUUCAAGCUAAUCGAAUUAGCUACAGUUAGGGGUUUAAAAAUAAAAAGUACAUAA